AUGGCCAAGUAUGAGUUGAAGCUUCUUCGCUCACUACUUCCACGCCUCAAGUCGUCCCUUCACCGGCUCGAUAGAAUACAGUCUCGGCACCUUGCAAGCGGAAAGGAAUCCUCCCCAGCACCACUGAACAACAGUGCCGAUUUCGUGUCAAUAGUCGACGCCCCUCCCCGUCUCGUCCGCAUCGGAGAGAAGCACAACAAGAUUGGCAUUGCCCUGUUAGCCUUGAUUCCCAUCACCGCAUUCGCGCUGGGCUCCUGGCAGGUCCAACGUCUCGACUGGAAGACCAAACUCAUUGCAAGAUACGAGGAUCGACUUGUUCGACCUCCUCUACCUUUACCUCCGAGAAUCGACCCUGACGCGAUCCAUGAAAUUGAUUAUCGCCGAGUUUAUGCAACGGGGCGGUUCAGACACGAUAAGGAGAUGUUGAUUGGGCCACGGACACACGAUGGGAAGGAUGGGUUUAUGGUUGUUACGCCCUUGGAGCGAGAGGACGGAAGCACGAUACUCGUCAACAGAGGAUGGAUCAGUAAAGAGAAGAGAUUUCAGGUCGACAGAGACCAAGAUUCUCUGCCCAAAGGCGAACUCACGGUCUCAGGCCUGCUAAGAGAGCCGUGGAAGAAGAACUUCUUUACGCCCAGCAACAGACCGGAGAGCGGAAAGUUCUACUUCCCCGACGUGCACGAAAUGGCUGAAGUCGCCAGUGCCGAGCCCGUCUGGAUCGAAGAGACUAUGACUCCGGAUCUGUUGGUCAGCUAUCAUCGAGAAGCUAAAGGAAUCCCAAUCGGAAGAGCACCAGAGGUGAAUUUGAGGAACAAUCAUUUACAGUACAUCUUCACUUGGUAA